CACAAACAAACGAACGAAGAAGGUCUUCCUUCUUGCUUUUUCUUGGCUUGGCUUGAUUGUUGGCGAUUGGUGAAUAAUUUCUUUGAAAUUUCGGCACCUUCGGCCGUUACACCAACGACGAUGACAACACGGCGACCAGCGGGUUCACUGGCUGCGCCGGUAUCGGGCAUGCAGCGCAACUUCCCGCUGACCGUCUCCGUGCUCUGGUCGCGCAUCCCGCAGGGUUCGCCAAGAGUUCUGAAGCUUGCAUCACCCACCGUGAAGAUCUCUGCAGCGACUGUGCAGGUGCUUGCACGUGAAGCCGAGUAUGCCGCAUCCUCGUUGGAUCGUGCAGGUGACGCCCCAUUUGAGGGCUUCAUCGCCGGUGACCUGGACUUCAAUGCCGCCGAGGCGUGCUUCGAAUUCCACGCUUCUCGCUUCGAUCCAGGCCGUCGCCUGAGCGACGGAUCCCUCGUCCCAGCAGUCCCCGUCACUGGCCAGACCAUGAUCCGCGUGCAUUCGAAACACCAGAGCCAGCGCGCUGUGUUCGCGCGUCUUUCAUCGCAGUAUGCCCAGCAGAUGCAAGGCGCCACCACCGUCUCCAGCGCCCUGUGCCCGGCAAUGGAAGUGGACGUGUCUGUGGUCAGCGACGGCGGCGCCUACGAGACAGCAUCUGCACGCCUCACAUGGCUUGCCAUCACACCAGCUGCCAAGUUCAAGGCUGUGCCGAUUCUCCCGCUGACGGUCGUGCGAACGGCGCUGUAUCAUCGCAUGUCCAUGCAUCAUGACGCCUUGCAGGAGUUUGAGAGCGGGUAUGUGACGCUGAACGAGCACCGCCACGCCAUUCUCGUCCUUGAGGACGAUCCAGCGGCCAAGUCAAUGCCGCUUGUCGGCGUGUACAUCACGGGUGUUGCGUCGGCCUCUCUGUCGGACCCGCGCGUGACGGCUGCGUGCAUCCGGUACGCUGCUGCGCGCCACUUGCAGCAGCGUGUGUACGUUGAUCGUGUGCACUUCCUGCUGUGCUUCCACACGCGUGUGGCUGGCGCGUCGCAGUGGCAGUGGUUUGAGGUCUGUGCACUCGCUGACGACGUCCUAGUCGGUGAUCGCGUCAUCGCAACGCACCAGACAACAAUGCAGACGGGCGAUUCCAGCACGCUGUCGCGCCGAGGAACAAUCGAGCUCUCGCUGUGUGCACCGUCUGCAUAUGAACAUGCCAGCGGCGACGGCAACAGCACCACCACCAGUGGCGUUGGCGGCAGUGCUGAUCGGCGUGAACAGGAGCUGUUGCAGUCGGAGAUGGAGGCUGUGGAUGCUGUUGAGAGUUCGCCCGUCGCAGCACCGCCACAAAUGGCGCGCAUACACGCGCGGGCACCCGUGUUUGCAUCGCAUGAGGACACGUUUGGUGGCAGCAGCUUGCUGGACCUGAGCGUCGACGCCGACCAACUGUCACACCGCCAGCACCAGCAGCGGGAAGUGGAGAGGCAAGGGGCGGUCGAUGUUGAUGCGGACACGCUGCGAGCAAUGCAGGCGAAAAUCGCCAGUCUUGAAGAGCACGUGCGGAUCCUGUCUGCACAAGCAUCAGGUCGUACAUCGGUCGCAUCAUUCGUCUCCUCGCAACUCGAGACUGCGGCCGAACGCGCACACCUUUCUUCCUCUUCCACGCACGUCUCCAACACCCCGACCCCAACACCCACCCGCAGCGGCAGCGCACAGGAAGGUACCUUCACCCGUGAUGAUGGAACUGGUGGUGACGAUGAUGGUGAUGAGGGCGACGCUGCGAGCAACGACCAGUUUGGUGAGCGCAGGGGUGCACAGCCAGUCAACACCAGCGAGCACGAUCGGGUGUCACUUCUUCUUGACAUCUCGCACAGCGGCGACGAGCCUGUCUUUGCUGGCGUUCAACAACAGCAGCAAGAGCAGCAAGAGCAGCAAGAGCAGCAGGAGCAGCAGGAGCAGCAAGAGCAGCAAGAGCAAAACAGCGACAUGGCUGACCACCGUGAUGUUGAUCAAGGUCAGCAACGGUAUCAGACGCAACAGAAGCAGAAGCAGAAGCAGAAGCGGAAGCACCGCCGCUCUUCGUCCCAUGGCGCAGGGCUGAGUGAUGUCUCCAUCACCCUUCUUGAGGACAAACUGCGGCAAUUUCUGGACAUAUCCGCGUGCACACAAUCGUCUCAGCCGCCAUCAUCCCUGUCCACGGGCGCAGAGGAAAUGCAAUCCCUGCAUUCGCAGCGUGUGGGUGGUGCACACAGCCCAGCAGACGGCCGGGGUUGCGCUGUACGUCAGGAGACACCCGUGUUCAGCCCUCUUCACGACGUCACUUCCCGUGUUGCUUCUCCUCACAACACACUGUCCCGCGCUGCUGUGCAUGCACCGCGGCAAAAGCUUUCGGUGCACGGCGAUGCAGCAAAGCCACGUGGUGUCAUCGGGGCAAACACGGAAACACGCACGAGCAACGCGAACACACGCGCGCAUGAAACAGCAGCACUGCCAGCACAGCGCGCAGCGGGGAAGAAGGCGGUGGCUGGUGACAAGCGACACGGUCUUCGUGUUGUGACGAACCAGCAGCAGUGGACCCAGGGCGGCAGAGCAACAGCAGCGGAGGCGAAGCAGGUCACGUCUGCACGCUCGUUGAGAGAAGAGGCGGAUGCGAUUGUGCGCCGGUACACCCAGCAGCAGCGCUGGUGAUGGCAAGGAGCACUUCUCAAUGUGGGGUGUUCUCUUGCUUGUCCUGUUUCGUCCAUGUUGGUAUGCGCAGUUUUGUAGUUGCACAGCGAUUGAUUGGUUCGGCGCACGUUCAGCCGUUUUGUUUACAUGCUUUCCAUAAACGAUGAUGAUGAUGGUGA